UUUGUGGUGGAAAAGUUUCUCUCUUUCGACUCCAAACACAGAGGCAGAACGUUGUGCAGCGGCGGGGAGGAGCAGUUGCAACUUUCAUCUCUCAGAGCUUCAAAUCCAACAAUCUCGUCCAAAAAAAGAUUCAUCAGUAGAGAUGUGAUUUCCCCUACGAGCUUUAAUUCCACCGCUGCUUGCACGACAAGCUGAUUGCCUGCUUUAUUCUCCAGUCCAGUUUCACUCCGCAUGAGCAGACUGCAGAGCGCACCAUGAUGAAGGAGAGGGCUGUCAAAGAAAUUGGAUUGGAUUCCUUGUC